AAGAUGCAUAUGUAGAAUACAAACGAGAGAAAACUCAGCCCAACAAGAAUUCGCAACAGCCUGCUCAGGAUGUUUCCAUCCCAGUAGAAUUUUCUACUGAGAAUGAUGCAAAAGAUAAAGAGGAGGAAUUGAAAAAUGGCUCUUCUAGUAUAGUUGAAAAAAGCGCCGUAAUUGAUGAUCUUCCAUCAUACGAACUUGCAUCGACCGACGUUACUCCGGCAUAUUCGGUAUCUGAUCCUUCUAAACAACAUUCUGAUCCUUCAGCUGUUGCAUCAACACCACAACGAAGAGGUGUUUCUAGAUUUGCUAGAUGUUGUUGUCUUCUUUCAUCGUUAAUAGCAAUAUCAAUUAUAUUAGCAGUAAUUUCUAAAACAAAUAGAAAUACAUGCAAUAGUCUUAACCCAGGUGCUACUACUCCCAAUAUUUCAUCUUAUGAUCCAAAUGUUUUUACUUCAUUUACUAUGGAUUCAUCCGAUACUGCUACUCAGAAUGAUGGCUUUUUGAGUCUUCGGACUUCUCAAAAUCCUUCUCCUGAUGUAACAAAUGUCACAAUAAAUACCUAUGUUGCUUCUCCUAAACAAGGAAACGUGUACGUUACUGAUGACCCUUCAAAUUCCAAUUACAAAUUAUCAUUUAAAUCAGCUUCAAACAGUCUCUUUAAUAUCUUUGGCCCGCCUGACUCUUGUUUCCGUGCUCAUGUAGACCUAAUCUUGCCACAAUCAAGCUCUUCUAUGGCUAUCGGUGUUGAUAACUUUGAUGUUAUUCUUGGGAAUUUGUCUUAUCAAUUUAUCAGCGUUCACACAACUACUGGUGAUAUCAAUCUUAAUAGAUUUAACGUUACAAGCGCAACUUUAUAUUCAGAAAAUGCUUCUAUCUAUGGAAGAAUAGUAUCUCUUUCAAAUACUCUUAUCGUUAAUCAAACUUCCAAUGGUGAUAUCAGUUUAACUAUCAAUAUUGCAAACGCUACCAGUCCCAAAAUCUAUAUAAACGCAAAUCGCGGUAGGGUGAGAUUACGUUUGAGCAAUACUUUUGCUGGAACAUAUAAUGUAAUGACAAGCGGCAGGGCAUUGUUUAACAUAAAUAGGAAAAAAACCAAUUUACCAUCACAAGGUUCAUUUGGCAAUGGUACUGGGUUAUUGGAA